AGUGUUGCUGUCGAGACACUGGAUCUAGCAACCUCUGUACAAAACGGUUUUAUGUAUCUUAGCUAACUAGGGUAUUGUUAGCUUGAGUACAUAUGUCAACUAUUUUAUUUACGUUGCAAUCGCUUUAAUAUAACGUAUAUUCUAGGCUUGGUCGCACUAUCUAACGUUAACAUCAAACGUUUUAGCUAGCUUAUUUCGAGAGCUUUUUGCUUUGCAAACUAGCCAUGGAUAACAUUAUUGAUCCAACAUCAGAACAAGGUCUCCUCCCUCUGUUCUCCUUGCGUCUCCUGGUUCCACCUCUACGCCUGAUGUGCGCUUUCAUGUGGCAAGUGACUCAACAGGGUAAUGUGAUGCAGUAUGGGAAGCUGGAGGAAUUUGUGACUUUGGUGACAGAGAUGGUUCCAGAGCUGCUGAACUCCAGGCAGAGGACCCAACUCAUCCUGGGACUGAGAGCAAGGAUGGUUUUAGAGUUGUGUCGCAGUGCGGGCAGAGUUGACCUCCUGACCAUCCAGGCCCACCUGGACAUAAUCCACACGUUGACAGAAAAAUCCUUACACAAAGAGAGUCAUGGUGAUGAAUUGGACGCUGCAGAUUCUAACUUUGUGGAGCUAGUCCAAACCCUGCUGGGAGACCCUUCUGAGAGGGAGCAUUUCUUCCAGGAGGUGUUCCCAGUCCACUAUGGCCCUCGGUAUGACACAGCGCUGCAGACACUGGUGUGGGAGUUCCUCUCCAGACUGGAGGAGCUGCUGCCUGUACCAGACCUCACGCAGACAACAGCAUGGCUCAGUGCUGCCCCCUCUGUCCUGGAGGAAUGUGGACAGACUGUCUUUGACCCUGAACAACUGAAGACAGUGUUGCAGCACCAUCAGCAUCAUGGAAACCUGAACAAUAGUCAUGUCUCUAAUUACACCACAGAUACCAUCCUGACCACACUGUCCCUCCCUCCAAUAAUCAGAGUUGUUAUUAACUACGAACCAGACAACUCUGACAAUGUGAGGCCAUUCUCAGAUGACGAUGAAGACCACAAUGAAAUCCUGGAUGAAGGCACUGAUAGAUGUUUGGAGGAUCUAGGACUGUCAACAUCACAGGAACAGGAGGGUCUGUCACCUGCAGAGACCUCAGUGUUGGUUACUCCAGUACCCCGUGAUGAAUUGAACUUGGAUCAUUCUCUCAACGUAAUGGUGAAUGCUGACGAGCCAUGCCAGGUUCUUACCUGCACUCUGCCGCCAUUCUCUCACAGUGAAAUGGCCAACCUCUGCAAGGACAAUACCGACCAAGUAGAAAAGGAUAGAAAGCAGAUUGACAAGAAAGAAGAAGUGGUCAGAAAAGGGGACAAAAAGAGGUUGAUCAAACCGGUUGACAAGAAAAAAGAGGGAUCCCCUGCACCCCAGAACAGGACUCAUACAUAUCUCCCUCUGUUCUCCCUGCGUCUCCUGGUUCCACCUCUACGACUGAUGUCAGCUUUCAUGUGGCAAGUGGCUCAAGAGCGUAAUGUGAUGCAGUAUGGGAAGCUGGAGGAGUUUGUGACUUUGGUGACAGAGAUGGUUCCAGAGCUGCUGAGCUCCAGGCAGAGGACACAACUCAUCCUGGGACUGAGAGCAAGGAUGGUUUUAGAGUUGUGUUGCAGUGCGGGCAGAGUUGACCUCCUGACCAUCCAGGCCCACCUGGACAUAAUCCACACCUUGACAGAAAAAUCCUUACACAAAGAGAGUCAUGGUGAUGAAUUGGAGGCUUCAGAUUCUAACUUUGUGGAGCUAGUCCAAACCCUGCUGGGAGACCCUUCUGAGAGGGAGCAUUUCUUCCAGGAGGUGUUCCCAGUCCACUAUGGCCCUCGGUAUGACACAGCGCUGCAGACACUGGUGUGGGAGUUCCUCUCCAGACUGGAGGAGCUGCUGCCUGUACCAGACCUCACGCAGACAACAGCAUGGCUCAGUGCUGCCCCCUCUGUCCUGGAGGAAUGUGGACAGACUGUCUUUGACCCUGAACAACUGAAGACAGUGCUGCAGCACCAUCAGCGUCAUGGAAACCUGAACAAGAGUCAUGUCUCUAAAUACACUGCAGAUACCAUCCUGUCCACACUGUCCAUCCCUCCAAAAAUGAGAGUUGUUAUUAACUACGAACCAGACAACUCUGACAAUGUGAGGCCAUACUCAGAUGACAAUGAAUGCAUAGAUAAGGGGGUAGAGAUCAGUGAAUAUGAAGACCACAAUGAAAUCCUGGAUGAAGACACUGAUAGAUGUUUGGAGGAUCUAGGGCUGUCAACAUCAGAGGAACAGGAACAGGAGGGUCUGUCACCUGCAGAGACCUCAGUGUUGGUUACUCCAGUACCCUGUGAUGAAUUGGACUUGGAUCAUUCUCUCAACGUAAUGGUGAAUGCUGACGAGCCAUCCCAGGUUCUUACCUGCACUCUGCCUCCAUUCUCUCACAGUGAAAUGGCCAACCUCUGCAAGACCGACCAAGUAGAAAAGGACAGAAAGCAGGUUGACAAGAAAGAAGAGGUGGUCAGAAAGGGGGACAAAAAGAGGGUGAUCAAACCGGUUGACAAGAAAAAAAAGGUGGUCAGAAAGGGAGACAAAAAGAGGGUGAUCAAACCGGUUGACAAGAAAAAAAAGGUGGUCAAAAAGAGGGUGAUCAAACCGGGUGACACGAAAAAAGAGGGAUCCCCUGCACCCCAGAACAGGACUCAUACAUGUGAGUGUGGGAAGGUUUUCAAAAAACCAUCACUGUUGACGCUACAUAUGGGAGUUCACACGAUGCCAUAUCAUUGUGACCAGUGUCCCAAACGAUAUGCUACUCCUGGGGCACUGAAAAAACACCAGCUACUUCACACAGAAGAAAGACCAUUCGCAUGUGAACACUGUGACCGGAAGUACAGGAGUGCUUAUGAUCUCAAAGUGCACGUACGCAUUCACUCUGGGGAGCGCCGUCACAUGUGUACUGUCUGUGGUAAGAGGUUUACCCAGCAGUGUGCACUAGUGAGGCACACGCGAAUGCAUGCUGGGGAGAAGAAUUAUUUAUGUAGCAUAUGUGGUAAGGCAUUCCUUACCUCAGGAGAACUGCGGUUGCAUACACGAACGCACACAGGAGAAAACCCCCACACCUGUAAACAUUGUGGAAAGGGUUUCAAAGUAUCUUGCCAUCUUAUGGUUCAUCUGCGAUCUCACACAGGCGAGCGUCCUUACGCCUGCACCCAAUGCCCCAAAUCUUUCACUACCUCAGACUCUCUUAGAACGCACAUAUAUACACACACUGGGGAGAAACCUCACCGGUGCUCAGAGUGUGGGAAAACAUUUACUCAAAGGGGUAAUAUGGUAAAUCAUAUGAGAAGAGUUCAUCGACCGGUUAAGAUUCUCCAUAAGUACUCCCAACACAGACAAAGUCUCGUAAAAAAAAAAACUAUGUAGGAGUUAACUCCAAUGUAAAUACUAGCAGUAUACACGUGAUUUUACAGGUCCUCUUUUGUAUAUCAGAUUAUCAUACCAAAACAUGUUUUUCAAUAAACUUCUUCCGAUUUUUCAUGUCUACACAUGAUAUUUGAGACUACAAAUAACGAUAAUGAUUUUAGAAACGGGAUUAUGAUUUACAUUGACCCAAUUUAAAAUGGUUUAAACCUCCAGAUUCCUUUACGCUUGUAAAAUAUGCAGAAACAAUGCAUCCCCAACUACAUCCCGUGUUGUUCAGGGAGAUCUGAAAACUUUCGGUUCAAGAUGUCUCUUUAAUUGUGUACAAUUAAUUGUGUAAAAAAUGUGGGCACAGUCAGAAUGUUGAAGAUCAGAACUUAUGUUAGAGCAAGGUAUAAACGGGCUUGAUUCAGUCUGCAUUGCAGAAUGAUCGUAGAAGAUUUGCGUUAUAGCGCGAUUAAAAUUGAAAGGCACUGUUCCUGCAUUUGCGGAGACUGUGUUCAUGGUAAACACUGCAUAUGUCGACUCAAUCGGAAAUAACCUUUAAAUUUGUACACAGAUCUUCUGUGAUACGGAUUGAAUCCAGCCAUGGUCUAUACAUUUCUCUCCCAGAUCUGCAAAACCAGUGGUCCAGGGUUCAAAUCCAUCUUUUCUUAUGUGUUGGAUUAUUGAGAUACAUACACACUAUGAUUGAACAAAUCUGCCAAUCCUCAAGUGGCAUAUUAGGAUUGUUCCAAGACACAAAAUCAUUUGUGGACAGACAAGAUUGUGGCGUCUAAUCCUCUGUUCCUAAUUUCUUUACAUUUGGUAAUAUCAUUCAUUGAAUGAGUCAGCUGUGACACAAUAUUAGUGCUGCAGAACAACAAAAUGAGUUCAAAUAUUGUCUUUUCAUUUGAGUUGAAGUCCGCUACAACACAAGGACAAACUUUCAACACUGGUCUAAAUGUAUUAAGCAUUUCAUAUAAUAUCAGUUUAUUACAAUGAUGUCAUGGAUGUGGCAAAGUCAUUUCUCUCAGAUGUUUGUGGGGAAAAAGAAGUAGAACAUGUCAUUCUCAUACUUGACAGCUCCGUCUGAAAUGUUGGCAGAACUUCCUUCCAGUCGUUUACUCUUUGGGCUGGUUUCCCGGACAUAUCGUCAGCCUAGUCCUAGAAUAUAAACUGUGUUCACGGGAGAUUCUCUAUUGAACGUCCUUC